UUGAAGUGAAUGUUUGGCGCCGUUUCUCACGACUCGUAGACAUAGCGUACUAUUAGUCGGUUUGAGGGGCUGUCAGACACUGAGGCUCUUCCCAACCCUUACCACCACUAUAUCCAGUGCUUUGCGCCUGUAUUUCAAGUUUUAGCAAAUAGUCAUUCGUCUAAAUUAUUGUCGUAUUUAUCCUCGUAUUCAGUCACUUAGUGUUAAUUUUUUGCAAAUUUAGUCUUGUUUUUGUCGAUAUAGUGAUACCAGUGCUAUAUUUAGUGAGUCAUUAAUGUGUGAAUGUCUUCAGAUAUGGAUUCAUAUUCAUUGACAGAAAAGUCAGACAAUAGAUGGUAUAGUGGUAUAGCCAUCAAAGUUGCUGAGUUUGUCUACUGGAGAGACCCGAAGAAGAGUGGAGUGGUAUUCGUUGCCGGACUGGCAAUCCUCUUGUCGCUGACCGUCUUCUCCAUAAUCUCAGUGUUCGCCUACUCUUCGUUGGCCGCCCUCUCUCUGACCCUUUCGUUCAGAAUCUAUAAGAAUAUAUUACAGGCCGUGCAGAAGACCAAUGAGGGACACCCUUUCAAAGAAUAUCUAGAGGUCGAGAUAACGCCGUCGAGUGAACGCAUUCAUGAGAUCGUGGACUCGUUUCUCUCGCACUUCAACCGCACACUAAACAAACUCCGCAGCGUUUUCCUCGUCGAAGACAUAAUCGAUUCGCUGAAGUUCGUGGUGUUGUUCUGGUGUCUCACGUACAUCGGCGCCUGGUUUAAUGGACUCACUCUCAUCAUACUGUCCUAUUUGGCACUCUUCUCAUUGCCCAAAGUCUAUGAGAUGAAUAAGACUCAAGUCGAUCAGUAUUUAAGUCUGGUCUCCACUCAGAUCACUGACAUCACCUCNGUUUAA